AUGAAUAUCGAUAUCAUAAAAUCUAGUAAAGAAUACCUACACAAGCCAGAAACCUUAUUCGAAAUUCACCGAAUUUCCAACUGUUCCAGAAUCCAACGGUCAGGAGAAAGACUUACAUUACCAGAUGAAGAGCUUUAUCUUACAAUGAGGGCUUCUCCAAAUUCCAGUAUAGCAAUUCAUACUCCCCAAACCCGUCCUCACUCCAGUUAUAUGCAUAAACCAAGUACGCCUCCUAAUUAUUUUCAGAAGAAAACAAGACAUGAAGGCUAUUUUGAAAGCGAAAUGUUCAUUUCGCAUAUUCAUCUAGAGGAGAGACAGGUAAGACCUAAAUCACGGGAUUAUUUAACUCCAAAAUUCUUUGAUAAAAUAGGAAGCAGAACUCCAAGUCCAGAACCAGCAAAAAUGAAUGAGACUUUAAAAUUUUCGUAUGAUUGCUGUGACAAACUAAAUAUUGAUGAUAGUUGUAUUAAUACAGAAAUAUGUCGAAGAUCUGGGAGAAUUAUAAAGUUUCAAGAUAAGAAGAAACUGUUUUCAAGGAAAUAUCAACAAAUGCUUUACCAGCAAAGUCCAAUAAAUGCCAAACUCUUUACAAAACAUAGAAUUAAAAGAAACGCCAGGUCAAGCAGAGAAAUCAUUCCUCAAACAAGAGCAAUGUCUACAGAGCCAAAAAGAAGGUUUACGAGGAAACUGAUGGUAAGUGGGACUGUCAAAGAAUAUGCUACCAGAAUACACAGCGAUAGAAAUAAAUCAAGCCAGUCCAUUAAAAAAAUAUUGGCUGUUGUUCCUAGCCCAACAUCUGGAGAAGUUUUCAGAGUUCAAAUAAAAUCUGUUUCUACUCAUACAUAA